UACCGCGGCAGCGAAAACCGAGACGAAACCCAAACCCCCCCAUUCGAGCGAGCAGGUGUUUGUACAAAGGCCGCCGCGUCGAAAGCAACCACUCCUCCUACUCGACCUCGCGCUCGCUCGCUCGCCCUACAGGCCACCGCCGCACCAGGGGGGGCAGCGAGCGAGCCCGCGAGGUAGUCGGCGACGACCAGGAGGGGGACUGGGAUGGGUUGCUGCGGGUCGUCGCUGCAGGCCGGGACCCACCCGGAGAAGCCGCCGGGGAUGGCGGCGCCGCCGCAGCGCCCGUCCUUCUCCCUGAACCAGCACCAGGCGCCGGGGUCGGCGGCGGCGCAGGGCGUGGGGAGAGGGGAGGUCCCGGCGUUCGCGGAGUUCUCGCUGGCGGAGCUCCGUGCCGCCACGGGCGGGUUCGCCGCGGAGAACAUCGUGUCCGAGAGCGGCGAGAAGGCCCCGAAUUUCGUGUACAGGGGCCGCCUCCAGCGCACCCGCCGCGCGAUCGCCGUCAAGAAGUUCCCCAAGAUGGCGUGGCCCGAUCCCAAGCAGUUCGAGGAGGAGGCCAAGGGGGUGGGGAAGCUGCGCCACCGCCGCUUGGCGAACCUCAUCGGCUACUGCUGCGAUGGGGACGAGCGGCUUCUCGUCGCCGAGUUCAUGCCCAACGACACCCUAGCCAAGCACGUCUUCCAUUGGGAAAACCAGACUAUCGAAUGGGCUAUGCGUUUAAGAGUUGCACACCACAUUGCUGAAGCACUUGACUACUGCAGUAGCAAUGAACGGCCUUUAUAUCAUGACUUAAAUGCAUAUAGGGUCCUUUUUGAUGAGAAUGGUGAUCCUCGUCUUUCAUGCUUUGGCCUGAUGAAAAACAGCAGGGAUGGCAAAAGUUAUAGCACAAACCUUGCAUAUACACCUCCAGAGUAUUUGAGAAAUGGUAGAGUUACUCCAGAAAGUGUCAUAUUCAGCUUUGGUACUGUUCUCCUCGACCUUCUAAGUGGAAAGCGCAUACCUCCUUCCCAUGCUCUCGAUAUGAUAAGAGGCAAAAACAUUCAAGUGCUCUUGGACUCACAUUUGGAAGGAAAAUACUCUACAGAAGAGGCAACUGCUUUGGUAGAUCUUGCUUCUCAGUGUUUACAGUAUGAACCUAGGGACCGUCCCAAUACAGGAAAGCUGGUCUCCAUACUUGAUCCUUUGCAAACAAAACUAGAGGUGCCUUCCUAUGAGAUGCUUGGCAUUCCAAAGCAUGAAGAAGAAGCACCUCCUGCUCCUGCUCCUGCUCCAGCUCCACAACCACAACACCCUCUAUCCCCCAUGGGUGAAGCCUGUUCUAGGAUGGACAUGACAGCAAUCCAUCAGAUUCUAGUUGCCACACAUUACAGAGAUGAUGAAGGGACUAAUGAGCUAUCGUUCCAGGAAUGGACUCAGCAGAUGAGGGAUAUGUUAGAUGCUAGGAAACGUGGAGACUUUGCGUUUCGUGAUAAAGAUUUUAAGACAGCCAUAGAGUGUUACACACAGUUUGUUGAUGUGGGAACAAUGGUAUCACCAACGGUAUACGCUAGACGGAGCUUAUGCCACCUCAUGUCUGACCAACCUGAUGCUGCCCUCCGGGAUGCAAUGCAAGCGCAGUGCGUAUACCCUGAUUGGCCAACCGCAUUCUAUAUGCAAGCUGUUGCGCUCUCAAAGUUAAAUAUGCAGAGUGAUGCUAUGGACAUGUUGAAUGAAGCUUCGCAGCUAGAAGAGAAGAGACAAGAGCGUCUCUGGUCUAAAGAUGCGUCUGCUCAGUCUCCUUUGCGGCUCAAAGGUUUAUGUUGAGACGUGCUGCUCUUCCUUCAGAAAAUUGUGAUACAUUCCAGGUUAAAGAGUUGGGUGUAAUGGGGGGAAGGUGCUGCAGAAUCCUUUUUUUUUUCUCUUUCGGACCAGAUGUUGUAGAUCCUGUGAUUGUAACUAUUUGGUUUGCCAUUUCUAUUAUGCAUUUUUUGGGGGGCACAUGUAUAUGUAACAUUAAUUGAAAAAGAGAGAGAGAGAAACAGGCACCAUGCAAGGGAAUUUGUGGUGGUUAACACUAGAGUUCGGUUGUUGUGAA